AUGCGUGGCAAGUGGUCCGACAUCGUGCUGCUGAACCGGUGGCGUGGCCAUGCAUGCGCGAUCCCCGACUGGCCCCCUGAGCAGUGGAUGGCUGGUCGCACGCCCGGGCACUUUACGGCGUCGCCCCUUGCAGCCCCAGAUUUUACAGCAGAUGCAUUAAAUUUGUUGGCCAGCCAAAUUCGACGGUGGUCCGCGUUGAUCUCUGCGCCCGUCGACGGGGGCGACUGCGACGACGAGGCGCAUGCCGCGCUGGGCCGCGUUCAGGACAUGCUCGCAGACGCGGCUGGGCCUGGUGGCACUGCCACGCCUCUUGGUGGCGCCGCCCCUGGCACACCCGACGCUCCUGGAGGCGCAGUUGCCGAGGCGGCGCCAGUUGCUGAGGCGGCAGCUGCGUCAGAGGGCGCCCAGGCAGAGACUGCGGAUGCAGAGGCGGUGGGCGCCGAGGCGGGAGCUGCGGUCGCCACAGCCUCAGCAGACGUGGCCCAACUUCCAGACUUUGCGCCAUCCCCCGAGCCGCAGCCCGCUCAGCAGCCCGCUCAGCAGCCGCAGCCACAGCAGCAGCAGCAGCAUCAGCAGCCAGAGAGUGGGCAGAGCUUGCCGUCGGGCUCGCCAUCGCCUUCGUGA